AUGCAGAGUAAGAAGGUGACUUUCGUGCCAAUGAAGUCAGCUCGUGAAAGAGCGCUUCAGGAGGAGAAGGAAGCUCUGAUCGCUGAGCUAGCAGAUUUCAAAGUCGAUCAUGAAAGCCUCCGCAAAAAAUGUGAGAAAACACAACUUGACCUCAAAACGUCCAAUGAGAAAGUCGAGCGUUACCACCAGAGACACGUGAAACUGUCCAAGGAGAUCAAGCAGCUCACUCUGGAAAAGGCCGACUUGCAACAUCGCUGCAUGACCACGCGCGGUCAGUGCAAAUAUUUAGAAGACGAAUUGAACAAAAUGACGGAUAAGAACGAAAAAUUGCAGAACGACGUGGCGAGGGCGCAGUCCGACGUGAUGCAAAUGCGAGCCGUUACCAAACAGCUCAGGGACAAAGUGGAAAAGAUCCCUCUUCUGGAGCGGUCGCUUACCAACGUCCAGUUAAAGGACAGGAAGAAAACGGAUCAGCUUCAGGCAGCUCUGAAGGAGCUGGAAAAGGUGAAUGAGAAGUACAGAGAAAACCAGGUGAAAGUGAAUAUGUUAAAGAAGGAGAUUGAAGAAGCAGAGAAAAACCAGUGCAUGCUGCAAAACUCCAUGAUGAGGAAGUACAAUGAGAACACGCUCCUGCAGCAGAACAACAAGAAGCUGGAGAAAGACAUCCAGCAUAUGAAGCUGCACCUGGAGUCUUUCAAGAAGCAGGUGGAGAAAGUGGAGGACCUGAAGAUGACGCUGAACACCACCAUCUGCAAGCACGAGCAAAAUAUCCAGGUGCGCGACCUUGAUUACAUUGCCGUGUGCGAGGAGGUGAAGAAACUGCAGGCUGUGGAGCGAGAGCAGAAAGGGAAGAUCUCUGAGCUCAAAAACAAAUGCGUUUAUUACGAAGCAAAGUGUUCCAAGCAGGAGAACCACAUUGAGGCCUGGAAGCAGGGAAACCGCGACCUGAAAAACGAUAACGUGAAGCAGCAAGCCGAGAUCAGAGCCAAGACAGACGAGCUGCGGAAGGCGCACUCGCAGAUAAACUCCCUGGAGCAGCACGUGUCGCACAUGCAGGUGCAGGAGCAGAGCCUGCGGACCGAGGGGAAGACCAUGAACUCCCUCAUAGAAGAAAACCGCAACGUUUCGCAGCUCGUCAUCGGAAAGUUAGAGGCCGAGCUUUACGGGUUGCAGGUGGAGUACAACGGCGCGCAGGAGGAGAUCCACCAGCUGAAAAAACAGUUAGACUCUCUGGAAACCGUGCACACAGAGGCCAUGGCCGAGGCCGCCGAGCUUCAACACAAGAUUAAGUUUCUGCGGUUUGAAAUUAACAAUAACGAGCAGCGACAGGAUUUAGCAGUGAAGAAAUUCGCAAUCAACACAAACCAUUACAAGAAAUAUCGCAGACAUAUAUCGGACAAACACAAGUUGUACCACGCGGUCAAGAGCAUGGUGCAGGGCGGACUAUGCAAAGAGCGCGACGCCACUGUUCCAUCGCAGACCAAGGUCAAGACGGAAGAAGCCGAACGCGUAAACAAGAAGCUGGACUCGAAGCCGGAGCCAAAACUGAACGAGCCUUUUAAGGCGCUGUACUGGUCCAAGAAAAAGGUUGUACAAUUGGAGGAAAAAAUCAAAGUGCUGCAGGCGGAAUGCGAGCAGUCGCUUACCAACAUCCAGUUAAAGGACAAGAAGAAAACGGACCAGCUGCGCACCGAAGGGAAGACCAUGAACUCGCUCAUGGAAGAAAACCUCAGUAAAAUGACGUAUGCCGCAGCUCGACUCGACAGGAAAGCUCCUGUUUCGGCCCCUGUAGAGCUGCGAGACUCCAAACCCGCUGAUUCUGGAUUCUUGACCCUCCAGUUUAUCCAAAAUGUGCCAAAAUCCACUUUAUCACAACGCUGGUCCUACACAGAGACCUCCAGUGCCGGGUGCUUUGAGGAUAUAUUGUGGUUUUUCUCCCAGCACGGGAAGGUCGGCAUGUCGGCCACAGCCCGAGGCGAAGGGAAAGUCCCAUCGUGCGGCCUGCUUGAGAGUGCUUUUGCAGUCUGUCAGCUGGGGCCCUGUGUGGAGCCUCCGGGCGGUGAAACAGGCUUUUUCCAGGUCAGCUCCUCUACCCAGCUGCGCCUUGCUUCCUCCUGCUCUCGCUCAUUCCACUGCAGUGAGAACACGGAACGUCACGACACGCUAGCUGUGUUUGGUUUGUGUGGAGGGUUUGGGUUGGCAGGGGCAGGAGAAACUUUUACAACUAUGGAGGAGCAUGAUUUAUAG